AAGCAUGGCUACCAUCCAUUGACAUUCGGGUUAUAUCUGGACCAAAUCGUGAGGAGAGUUGAUCCGAAGGGCCGAAGCCUUUCUCAGUACUUCAACGAUGAAAUGGCCAAGCCAUUUGAUAUAGAGAUUUAUAUUGGUUUACCAAAGGAGUUGUUCUACAGAGCGCCACCAGUUGCAAUUUUGGAAAAUCCCGAUAUCGAAGAAAUCAUGAAAGGAUAUGUUGGGGAUCCAGCCAUUUUCCAGAUUGUUUGUGAUUCAUUUGUCGAAUAUAAGAGUCUGCUGGCAAUGAACAAUCCCUACGUCCGGGAACUCCCUAUGGGCUCGGGAAACGGACACGGAACAGUUGCCGCCCUAGCCAAGUUUCAUGGAAUCCUUGCUAACGGAGGAGUUUACAAUGGUAAAAGACUGUUAUCAGAGGAAGCCAUACGAAGACAACUCCAACUCAAGUCCUAUGGGAAAGAUGUGGUCUAUAACAUGGAAUAUAUGUAUAGCUUCGGGACUAUGCUAUUUCCAUCAGCCGAUGAAAACAAGCCGGCUGAGUUUUCCUUUGGGCAUAAUGGACUCGGAGGCCAAAUAGCUCUCGUCGACCCUACACAUAAGAUCGGAUUUGCCUAUGGCACAAAUCAUCUCAAUCUUAUUGAAACUGACACGGAAGGCAAAGACACGCGCUGGCAAGACCUAAACGCUGCCCUGUAUGAAUGUGUAUACAAGAUCAAGAAUAUCUCCGCGAAACGCAAACUGUUUUGCUUCUACGAUGAGCUGAAGGCCCAUCAGGACUCGUUGACGUCUUAGACAAAAUAAUUCUUUCGAAAACUGACAUUUACCUUUUUCUCUGUAAAGAAAGAUCGCUAACACUGGCAUCAAUGAAAAUAUUUUUGAACAUGAAAAACAAUAUAAUUUAGGAUAAUAGUAUACCAACAGCAUUGUCGGCCAUUGAUUCGUAGUUUGGAUAAAGGUCGAUUGUCUACCCAGUCCGAUUAUAUUUGCCUUUGUCAAAAUUUUGGACAUUGAUAAGAUAAAAAAAACAGUUUUGACGUGAUCUGUUUUUGCCUCGAGGCCAAUCGUGUCCUCUCACGGCGAUUUUGGCUAUUUAUAUAUAUGAAUAGAAGGAUACCUGCAACUGAUACCGUAGUCUUUAAAUUGUUGUUUUUGUGGAGCAUGUUAUGACAGAACAAGUAUUGCCAUUACACAAUAUGUGUUUAUGUUAUAUGUACUAUCAGCUAUCUAUAAGAUAUACAUGUUUAAGCCAUGCUAAUUUCAUUUAAUAUUGUAUUUUUCACAGCCAUUAAUGUGACGAUCAACUUUCUACUCCUAACAGUAAACUGUGCAAUAAAAUCAGUGUAUGCAUUACCCUGAUGCUGUACUCAGCAGAUUCCAGAUUUUUAAAGCGGCACUUGGUCUCUGUAUUGGUAUUAUUGAGUGCUACCUGAAACAUAACAAAAUAUUAGCAAUGUUAAUGUGGUAAAUAAACGCAUACAAUGUAUAUACGAUUCAUAUAAUCAGUCCAUAUUGUAAGUGUUUGUAUUUUGUUGUUGUAUUUCUCUUGUUAGUAAGAGUUGUUCCUCGUGACAUUAUGAUUUAAUAUAUCCUACUAAUAACUGUGUUUGUCACGUGUUUGAAACGAGUCUUAGGCUAUUUAGCAAGGAAGAUGGCUUCUGUCGCGUAAAACCUUAUGAUUGUGUCAUUUUCAUGAGUUGUACACAAUUAAUUAUGUAAUGUAUAACGCUCUAUAAAGUGUGGUGAUUUCUAAAUUAUUGCUGGUAUUUGUACAAAAAUUCUUUAUAUGUUAUGAUAUUUAGUCUACAACAGAUUUUGAUUAUGGUUUAUAUUAUGAUUUAUUUUUAAAGCAUAAUCUUUCCGAUUUUUUCUUCUUUCUGGAGUAGGUCUUUUACUAUUAUUAUGUGUUUCAAUUUCGUAACCCUUCAUGAUUUUUUUAAGCCUUCCUCUUCAAUGCUGUGUUCUGAAUAAAGACCGUUGUUG